GUGUGAAAACACAACAUGUAAAACAAGACAAAACAGAAGAUAGCAUGCAAUGCGCGGGCAAAUUUUGCUUCAUGUUGUUUCAUGAUAAAUGUUGUAUCAGUUAAUUUGUCCCGAAGCCGACUUCGAGAUAUUUGAUUUGUUUGUCCGGGUUAACACAUUUUUUUUUAAUUUUCACCUAUUAUCACCGCGACUUUUCUUCAAAAUGCCACCUAAUCUAAAUGUAGCGACUGCGAUAAUCCGACUUGGUCAACAGAAAAAGAACGAUGAGCUUAAGGAGAUCCUGGAAAAGAUUCCCACCAAAGAACUUACAAACUUAAUCACUGCUAACAUUAACACAUCUGACGGGUUUACACUGUGGCACUUUGUUCUCAUCGGUUUGACUUACUCCAGUAAGUCGAGUGAGAAACGAUUCCAGGUUACGAUGGCAGUGUUACAGUAUCUGAAUCAGAACGAGAUGAGCACGAAAGCUGUUUUCGACAUUAUAUCCCGAUUAGUUCUGGAUUUACCCAAAUACAGCCCAGAGCAACUUGUUGAAAUCAUGGAGUAUUGUGUGGAGUCUAUCCGAGCAGGAGAUCCCAAAUGUAUGGGUUGGAAGGAUCUCCUUCCCGAUGUGCUCAGGUUGUUGAGUGAACAGGUUGGACACUUUAGCGCCAAUGGGUUUGUUAUGAACGGUGUGGAGUACCGAAAAAAGGUGUUGGAUGAUUUGUUCAAGAUGAGGAUCCAUAAUGGGAUUCUGACGUCUUUCACGGGGAUGUUUCGGGAUGUGCAGUUGAGCAAAGACGAAGUAACGAAGCUUGUGAGAAAAGUUUGUGACGCGAUACGCAGCUUCCAGCCUUUGGAAAUACCUGCACUUUCGUUCCAGCUGUUUCAUGUUUGCUUGAAGUAUUCCAGUCUAUUGGUGCUUCCAAUUCACGCAUUACAACAGUACUUUCAUAAGCAUUACUUCAAAAAACUUUUGUCGAACGAUGGAUGCGAUAGUACAGAUUUCGAUAGCAUUGAACCUGUUUCUGAUAAGGAGAUUCGUGAAGCAGAGGAAACUAUACUUUACCACCUGUCCAACAUAACGGAAUUUCGUCUGGACGAAGCGCAAGUGGUGGCAAUGUUCAAACCAUUCCAAAAUAUGGCAGAAUUUCUUCUAACGCCAUUCGUGAUCAGUGCUAUGAUUGCCAUGAGCAGAAUAAAUCGCACACCGGACACUAUGAAGGUGGUGUCAUCCCAGGUGAUGACCUUCCUGGCCAAAACGGUGGCGGGAAACGAGAAUGAAAAACAGAGUUGCACACGUUCGGCAUGGUUCCGCGGAAGAAUCGAACCUGGUGGAGUACCCAAUUUGGACAGAAUCCUAGCGAUAUUGACAGAACAUAGCCAGGAAGGCAUGGAAGUGGUCACCCCAGGAGUAAUUCAUUUUGGUUUUGCAUUGCUGAUCGCAAAAAAGCAACCAAAAUUACACAUUAUCGCUAUAUCGUUUUUGCAAAAUUUUAUUAAGAAGAGAUUCAUUUUCGGGAGCGGCGUUGUUGGGAAAUUGAAACAAUAUUUGUUAGCUGAGCUCGAGGCCACCCAAUUUACAGAAUGUUUAAUAACGCUCAGCCUUACGAACGCACUGACACUAUCCGAGUGUGGUACUUCAAUAAAUUAUAUCCUGGAAUACUUGUUAUUGAUUGACGGAUACCAUGCGAUGCGAAUCAUGACUUUCCUUUUCCCGUUGAUAAGAAUUUCACACACAAUCCGGGAUUCUUUCAUAGAGGUACUCCGCAAGGCAAUGUAUCAUAGCGAAAUCAACACCAGAAUGAUGGGCGUAUUCGGGUUCUGUUCUCUACUGAAACAACUGAAAAAUAAUAACUCACGCCGAUCGGUUCUGGGCGGAUUCGCUGGAAAUCUUACACAGCUAUCGAUAUCAGGGAUGUCCCUCCUCUCUCAAUCCACGCUCGGUCGUGCGGAUAAUCCUGAUGUUCACUUUGAUAUGCUUACUUUGGAGAUUCUAGGGAUUCUUCGACGCUGUUUCACUCAAACUGUGGAGGUUCGGGACCUGCUCUACGAAAGUCUUGGACGAGCCGUCGAGUUCAACAAUAAACUACUCCCUCACGUUUUGCAGUUUAUCGAUUGGCAUUUCUGCAACUAUUUUAGCGAGUCGCUAGAGGGAGAGUUACAAAUUGACUUCGAGAAGUGUGUGCGUUACAAACAGGACGAUUCGGAGGAUAUGAACGAAGAUGACCGCCAGCAGCAAGUGGAUAUAUUUGACAAUGUGGGCAAGCUGAUGGUUUUUAUGGUGCACUGCGUAACACUCUGUGACCAAUUUGAUGUUCAGCACGACAAUGAUAACGUGAAAAGGAUACUCAAAGAUGUGGUUCAAAAUAUUGAGAACAUUUCGUUGGAUAGCCUUGGAAUUAUUGGAACCUUGGACCCUAAAACCUGUACAAUUGGUUGUCAUUAUCUGAACACAAUCGAAGCUGGAAUGUCCUACUGCAUCUGGAAUACCAAUUCCAGUAACAGCUACUUGCGAGACUUGAUAAAAUUGUUCAAGUAUCAUCAAAGCUGUUUCGAGAAAAUUAAGAAAAUGGAGCCGAAGAAGAGUGGAAAGAAGGUAAACGAUGACACAAUAGCCUCAACAGCUGGAGGAACCAGUCCGAAGAGUGUUGUGUUAAGGCCACAAACUGUUUUGGAUCUCGCAACGGUGCAGCGGUUGCUGAGAAUCGUCUUCGAGGAAUCCAACUCAUAUGCCACAGAAGAAGAAUUAAAUCAUCUGCGAACGGAGAAAGAUUUCAUCCAAUUCGUGCUCAAGGUUGCGUCCCAACAACUUGAGCUUCUCCGAAGUACUCCGGAAUAUUGGCAAAUAAAGCACAGUAAACGUAUUUUCGGUCAUCUCAGCGAGUGCGGCAAAAUCGUAUAUGACCGUUGUGUUAAGAAAACAAACGAAUUGUUCGGUGAAGGAAAUAUGCUUGUGGCACAAAGUGCAGUCGAAUGCUUCAAACAAUCUCUACUUUCCGCUCUGGCAGUGUACGAGAGAAAAUUUUCCGAUUUCCUGAGACUUAUCAGUUGCACUUUUGGAACCACUUUCAAGACAGAUUUGCUGAAAUCGUUGCAUGAGAUAGUCGAUAAAUAUUUCGAAGAUGGCGCGGAGUUAGAAUCGAUCGGCGAGAAAACCAUUGUCAAUUUAUUUCUAUGCCUGGAAAUUUUGUACCAAUCAAGCGCAAUUGAAGUUGAAAAUUUGGAUUUAGCUUACACUUGGAUGCAAGGUUUUUGCUCGCAGGUCAAAAUCAAGCAGAAAUCUUUGGGAGUUGUUCAUAGAAUUCUGUUCGAUUUGAGAUUGCGAACCCAAACGGGUGCUUAUUUCGAUACGGUGUCGAUGCUGAUUGAAAAAAAGUUUGGCCAAAUCGCAGAAGAAGAGGUCGCACCCAGUUUCACAUUGAAAUCCAUCAAUUCAGUAACGGUGGAGUCUGCAUUAUUUGCAUUGUGCAAUGUUACAAACCAGGAACUGGACGACGUUGAACAUUUUAUUCUGCGAACAAACAGUAUUUUGGGAAGACUGAAGAUUUAUGGUCACGGAGAAAACGAUGAGUAUCUACAUCAACUAAAAUCUAUUGAACGAUCCAUGUGCUCUCAAUUGGUUUACAUCAUGUCCGUGGCUACCCAUUUGGCCAAUACACAGCUCCCGCUUGGACCUUGCAUGGAUUCGCUUCUGAAAUUAUUGAUUAACAUUUACAGCUGUUUGACCAACUUCACCAAACACUUUCUAACGAGGGAUUCUGUUUCCGCCGUUUCCCAUGAUUCAACAAAAUUUAAUUUGGUGGUGAAAUCAUCGAAACCACUAGCCGCGAAAAUCUACGAUCUGUUCCCCUUCAUCGAAGAAAACGUUCUGGGACAAACAGAAGAGCAGAAUGAAGACGAUGAAACGGGAGAGAACCAGAAAACGAAACCCGCUAACAAUUCCAAACGGAAUCGCGAAAAAGUUCUUCGGCAGACAAAAUUCAUCCCAAAGCUAGUGUUUCGUAUUGAAAUGUUCAAUAAAUUUGUACUUCUGCUCAGCAAGAAGACCAAGAAAGAUCUCACCCAUCUGCUUCACAUGGGCACAGUGCGUGAUUUUCGUAUUAAGGAACCCGCGCUAGUGGAAGCAAUCAAAAAAGCAUACGACGGAAGGUCGAAUGAAACAAAUUCGGAAUUCGGUGAUUUAGCUGAUUUGGAAGUACCAGAAGAUGACGAUGACAGGUUGACCAGACCUACGGUGUCUUCCCUGGUUGGGGGAACGCCAUCGGUGGGUAUCGAAGAAAGUCAGCUUGACGACCCGGAAAACAAUACUGAACUGUCGGAUAUUGGGGAUGAGAAUCAAGCACUGAUAAAUCUCGCCCUGCUGAAUGAGAGGAACAAGCGAAAGUCAGCUAAAAAAAGAGCACUUACAGAUGAGGUAACCGGAAAUGCGACAGUGGGCGCUGGUCAACAAAUCAAGAAACGAAAGAUGGUAAAAAAGAAAGAUGAUUCUCCGAGAAUAAAUAAAAGGGCGUUAGAAUUGGCCAAUGAGGUUCAGAGCUUGGCACCUACGACAAGUAAAACGCUGGGUCCCAGUAGACGAGGAUCAAAAAGGCCCCAAUCAAAGGACUGACGAUUUGUAAUGUGUAUGUUUAUGUAUGUAAAAUAUAUAAAG